UUGCUUACUCAAGCAACCAAACAGACCCAAUAGUUUCUAAAUCGAUCGCUGGCGUUGCACUUCCUCUUCUUCCUCGAUGCUUUUCUUCCUCUCUGAUUUCAACGAUGAAGGCCACCGAGAAUAAAGCAGCUGGGAUACUGCACCACAUCCUCCCUCCGCGUCUCGAAGACGCCGGCCUCGAAGACUGCGCCCUCCCGUUAGACUCCAUCAAGGAAGCCUUCCUCAAAGCAGCAACGGCCGUCAAGUCGCCCGCCACCUCGAUCUUUACCUCCGACGAAGACGAAGAAUCGUUCGAAGAUUGCGUCAAUGACACCUGGCCGGACAUGAGGGAUCACACCGGCGAGCUGGUCGGAGCCGAGCCGGAGACUCGGUCGGCGGGAUCGUGCGGCGGAGACAAGGGCGGGUCGGUGGAGGUCGGCGGAGAUGAAGUGAUGGUCGGCGGCGAGAAGGAGAAAGGGGAUAAGGUGAUCGUGGGAGGUGAGGACGUGAGAGGUGGUGGGGAGAGGGAUUGUGUGGAUGGAUUGGCGGGAUUAGAGAUCGGAGAGAAGAAGAAGGGUGAGGAGGAGGAAGAGACAGAUGGCGGAGGACCAAUUUUGGUAGGAGGUUAUGUUUGAAUUUGAAAUCCUAAUUUUGAUCUUUUGGGAAUUUGUUUAACUUGGUGUUUGUUGUCUACUGUAUAGUGUUGUGAACUCUGACAUUUGACAAUAUUUGCAUUGAACAUUUUGCAAAUUUGACUUUGGAUUUGUCUAAAUUGAUAGAUUUUGAUUGGAAUCACUUUGUUAAUCCUAGAUUAAGGGAUUAGUGGUUGUGAUAAAAAUGUCUAGUUUGUGAUAUGUGAGUUGCAAUCUUGAUUGACAUUUGCCCCUGUGACUAAAUUCGAGUUCGACAUUGCUAUCUGAAACUGAAAAUUCGUCACUUUACCCC